AGUGCCUUGUACGUCAUCAACAGUGGCAAGAUGGUGGCCACCAGAAGAGGAACACGCGUGGGCUCUCCAGAAAAAAAUAUAAACGAUGAAACAUCUGGAGAAACGGUGCCCACUCCGUCAACAAGAAGCACACGUCACAGAAGCGUAAUGGAGGAGAAGCAUUCCCCAGAACUCACUGGUGACUCCCAGCCAGAUGAGGAGAAAGACGAAAGUACUGCCCCUUCCUUACCAGCAAGUCCACUCAAGCGAGAAACCAGAAGAUCCAUGCGUCUCCUUGCUUACAAAAUACAACCUGACUCCACCCAUGAGGCUGAUGUUUCAGAAUCAGAGUCCUGCUGCUCAGUAGGUUCAGAUGUGAAGGCGACACCCAGAACUCUCAGAAGGACCGUAACCAGGGAGAAACCCAAAACUCCAACAAAGGAUGACGUAUCUGAAGCAGAAUCCUGUUCGUCUGCGGUUUCUUCGCCGCGUUUGCGAAGAGCCCCGCGCAGCUUAAGAAAACGUGUUCAGACUCCAUCAGUGUCUGAUCCUCCAAAGACCAACGAUGGUGAUCUUUCAGAUGCGGGGUCCUGCAGCUCUGUGGUCUCGCUCACCAAGGUCUUAGACACUCGUAGGAUAACCAGGAGUCGCCGGAGGACUGCUAUGUUGGGUGCAGAACUGGAUCCAUCUGAUCCUGACUCAUGCUCCUCUAAUGUUUCUGGUCUCCUGGGCUCUACGGUCCGCAGGUCAGCACGGAACCAGAAAGGGAAACUGACUGAGCCAAUCCCUUUGAACUUGGAGGAAACCACGGACACUCCUUCCUCUCCAGUUUCCAAUAGGAUAAGAGACCGUAGAGGCAGGACAAAGUCAGAACCUGCAAAAGAGGGAUGUGACUCUGAUGAAUGCAUGUCUGGUCCUAGCACGAGUCCAUGGAGAUCGAGGCGGCGUCAGGUGAAAGGGGACACCGUCGGCGGGUCAGAUUCGGAAUCGGUACCCACCGAUGUCUGCACCUCUCAGGAUAGUACAAGCUCUUUAAAAGGAAUGGGGACUCCAUGUAGUAGCCGAACCGGCUCUGCCAGUAGUAACCGUGCCGUGACUAUAACCAGAUCGAGAAGCAAAGCAAGCGUUACAAUGGUUCAGGAAGAGAGGGAGUGUGAGGAGCGUAAACCGCUACCUCUCCAGUGUGAAAGUGUGGUCACAUUGGAUGAAGAGGACAUAGAGAAACCAAUGGAUAGCACCAUGACAGACACUGUUGAGGCCCUAGAGUGCACCAUGACUGAGGAAACGGCCUCAGAUAUCACUCUCGUUCUUGAUCAGGAUGAGUCCGCUGAGAGCAGUUUUCAUGCAGAUGUUGAGAUGCUGGAGCCUAAGAGCACGCCGGAAACAGUUUGUGCUGUUUCUGUGUCUGAACAGGCUGAUGCCGUAACACAGGCACAUCAGGAAACAACAGUGGAUGAAAUAGCUGCCACAGUUGCUACGGAUAGAGAUGUUGCCAUGGAGAAUAAUAAGCCGGAGUUUGUGAAAGCAAACCGUGCUGUCGAAGAUCAGGCAAAUUGUGAUGCCGACCUAGAGGCCACUGGACCAUCUGCGGUUGAGAAGAAUGUGACGGAUGUUGAGGAGAGGGAUGUGUGUGAGAAAGAUGUAUUUGUUACCAAGGAUGCAAACAAAAUCGUUACAGCAAGCAUGGACGAAAUGUCUGUUUUAUUAAAAGAUGCAGAAAAUGAAGAACGCCCCUCUUCAAGCACACAUACUCAAUCUGAUUUGACUACAGCAGAGCAACCAUUCAAAAGAUCUCCUCCUCUUAAAGAAAUUACCAGUUUACUGGACAGCAGUGAGGAUGAAGAGAGCCCCGAUGAAGGAGAAGAGGAGGAGGAGGAGGAGGAAGAGGAGGGUGCUUCACAUGAAGCUGUGGAUGGGAUCAGUGAUGAAGAAAUAAGAUGCCUAGAUGAAGGUCAGUCGAUGGUAGAAGCUCAGAGUAGCGGAAUGUUUGUCAUAGACACCAGGCCUGGGCUGCGUCCUGAAGAAAAGUAUUAUGUUGAUGCAAAGCAAAUUGAGGAAGAAGAUGAGGAUUUUGAUGAUGAGGAGGGGGAUGACGACGAUGAUGAUGAUGAAGAUUCACAAGUGCUCUUUGCGCCGAAGAGGCCCGUGAUGCAGCUGUCUACUUCUAUUGACACAGGCCUUAAUGUGAAGGAUCUUGGUGGUUUGUACAUCAGUUUUGACGGCAAACAGAAAAGUCUUUCCAGCGGGGUGAAAACUCAGAACCAAAGUAAAGUAGAUGAGUUGCUGAAAAAGAGUGUUAUUGUUCCUGAUUUUGAGAAGAAAGAUGCUAUCCCUCCAUACAGGGAAUCAAAGCAUGCUGCCAAACUCAAGCGCAAGGCAGAAAGAGAGAAGACCACUGGUGAUGGUUGGUUCAACAUGAAAGCCCCUGAAUUAACAGAGGAGCUCAGGAAUGACUUGAAGGCCCUGAAGAUGCGUUCCGCUAUGGACCCAAAGCGCUUCUACAAGAAGAAUGACAGAGAAGGAUUUCCUAAGUACUUUCAGGUGGGCACAGUGGUUGACAGCCCGGUAGACUUCUAUAGUUCCCGAAUCCCCAAGAAACAGAGGAAAAGAACAAUUGUGGAGGAGCUCCUCGCUGAUGCAGAGUUUAGAAGCAAUAACAAAAAGAAGUACCAGGAGAUCAUGACCGAUAAGGCUGCACAUGUAGCUGGCAAGAUGUACAAAAAGAAUAAAUUCCAUAAAAAGAAAACAAAUAAAUAAAUCUGAAAUAUUUUCUCUUGUUGAGACUUGAGAAUAAUUGUCUUUUUAAAUUUGGAGGAACUCCUUUUUGGAUUAUUGUAAAGGACUUUAAAUCAUUUUGUUUUUUACAAUUAUGUUUACUCCAUGCCGAGGUAAACAGUACUUUAAACCUGGCUUGAAGAAAACCAGGGCAGAUGAAUGAAACGAGAUUUAUGAUGGUAGAUUUGUCUCGCUAUACACAAUAAAUCAAUUCAUCAAAUGCA